GUGACAAUAACGUUGUCGUAGUUUUUUUUUAAUAACGUUUGUUUUGUUGCCAAUCAUAUAACUAAUGCUUGUUCUAUAAUAAUAGUGGCUUUAGAUGGAGAAUUAAUUUUUUUGGCACUAAUUAAGUUACAUAUUUUUUGUGACGUGUAAUUGUCGUGCUAACAUAGAUUUAAUUGUAAUUUAUACUUGUCGACGGUUGAAUUAAAAAAACGAAAGUUGGUUACGAGGACCUUGACCAAUAAUCUAUAAUUAAAUUUGUUAACUAUAAUAAAUUAUUCACUUAAAAGGUCUCGUGCAGUAUAUAGGAUACAAAAUUUAAUUCGAUUAUGGUGCUUCCUGAUUUUUAGUAAAAUCUCGUUUUUAUUUAAAUUACGAAAAAGGACUUGACUUUGAGGCAAUGGCUAUGCUAAAGUGUUGUUUCGAUCCUUCAGAAGUGGCUGAGCUAUUUGAUACUUUGUAUCAGAACUGUAGUGAAUCGAAAUGUUGUUGCGGUUGUUGCAGCGCUUUUAGACCUAGGUAUAAAAGAUUGGUUGAUAGCAUAUUCCCUGUUUACCCUCAAGAUGGACUCGUUAAAAGCAAUAUGGAAAAACUCACUUUUUAUUCCCUCAGUUCUCCAGAAAAAUUGGACAGGAUUGGAGAAUAUUUAUAUCAGAGGGCUGCAAGGGAUAUUUACAGGAAGAAAUAUGGGUUUGUGGUUAUUGCAAUGGAAGCAAUGGACCAGCUUUUACUCGCAUGCCAUGCCCAAACCCUUAACCUGUUUGUUGAAAGCUUUUUGAAGAUGGUUCAAAAGCUAUUAGAGUCAACAGAACCAAAUUUGCAAAUUCUUGCAACACAAUCUUUUGUAAAGUUUGCGAACAUUGAAGAAGAUACGCCAUCCUACCACAGACGUUACGACUUUUUUGUCAGUAAAUUUUCAGCAAUGUGUCAUAGUGGGGAUAGUAAAGAAAUAAGGGAUAAAAUUCGAAUAGCAGGAAUAAAAGGGCUGCAAGCGGUCGUCAGAAAAACGGUGUCAGAUGAUUUGGUUGAAAAUAUUUGGGAACCUGUUCAUAUGGAUAAAAUUGUACCCAGUUUAUUGUUUAACAUGCAGGUAGUAAAUUACAGUUUUACAUUUUCAUGUUUUUCACUAAAACAUUUUCAGGAUUCCAGUUUUCAUAAAGAUUCUCCUAACGGAGAUAUUGUGGCAGAAGAUGCUGUGGAUCCACCUAUGCUAGCAGAAACUUGUCUGAGAGAAUUGGUGGGUAGAGCAUCUUUUGGGCACAUAAGAGCAGUAUUAAAGCCCGUUUUAAGACAUUUCGAUCUUCAUAAGCUAUGGGUACCAAAUGAGUUUGCUAUCCAUACUUUUAGGAUUAUAAUGUUUUCAAUACAGGCUCAAUAUUCAUAUACUGUAGUGGAAACACUUAUGGCUCAUUUAGACGAGAAUGCGAAGUCUAGUCCCACCAUAAGAACCAGUAUUGCUGAGGUUUUGUCUAAAAUUAUUGCGAUUGCGGCUGGUGAAAGUGUCGGCCCGUCUGUUCUUGAGAUAAUAAAUUCCCUGCUAAAUCACUUAAGAGAUUCGGUGAGGAAUGGCACUAGUCAAUCAGAAGAAAAGCAGUACCAGGACGCCCUGAUAAAUGCUUUGGGCGAAUUCGCGAAUCAUCUUCCCGAUUAUCAGAAGAUCGAAAUAAUGAUGUUUAUUAUGAGCAAGAUACCGUUCCCUCUCGUAGAUAACCAGACACCCGCUGAUAAUAUGUUGCAGAGUAUUUUAUUAAAGAGUUUGUUGAAGGUUGGUACCAAAUACCAAACGAUUCAUUUCAACACGACUUUCCCGGUGUCCUUCCUGGAACCACUUCUUCGGAUGUCUCUGGCUCCUGAUCCAGAAAUGAGGCUAUUGGUCCAGAAAAUAUUACACACCUUAAUGGAUAGACAUGGAAAUUUGGAAAAAUUAAGCAAACCAGCUUUAAAUAUUUCGGAAUUGGACCUAAACAUCGAAAAGUGCUCACGUCCAGAUUUAAUCUUUAUUAACAAGCACGGGCCUUUGAUUUAUGACGCCCUGUAUACCAGUCUUCAAAUGGACUCGAAUACACCUGAAAAUAUUGAAGCUGUAUACACAACUUUAGCAUUAUUAUGUGUGGAACUGGCUAGUACGGAGACGGUAAUUGAUUUAUUGCAGCUAUUACUCGGAAUUCAAAAUUUGGCGCUUACAUCUGUCAACCUAUCCAACGCGCAAAAAUUCAACCUUCACGCCCUGGUUGUCAGUCUGUUGGUGUUAAUUCCAGAUGUGGUUAAUAUACAACCUCUGAGUGACUAUGCUAGUCGGUUGGUGGAGGCUAGGAGGGAGGAGGCACCUCAUAUGUUGCCCGAUAUGAUGUCUCAUUAUCCGCAGGAUUGUGAGCCUCCUAAUAAAAUUCCACAUUUAUUGGUAGAUCAGAUGGCUGUGUGUGAUUAUCUUAAAGUGUCCGGCAUCGAUCCUUCGCGGUUGACGCAGACGUCUCCUUAUGGUGCUGGUGGUCCAGGAAUAAUUUCAUCGAGUCAGAGGCACAGUUGGAUGGAAACUGGACAAGGAAGCCUUAUGGAAAUUCCUUCAGUUCACGAGGUGGAUAGUGCUGCUAGUUCACCUGGUAUUACCCGGAAAUUGCCUGAAGAAGACUUAACCUUUGAAAGUAUGAAGAAAGUCUUAACUGAACCGCCAGAAAUUAGAAAAGAAGCAGAAGCAGAGAGGAGAAAACAGAUAAGCCAUACUUUUAGGACGGCUAGUUUUUCGGAGUUAGUAAGGAGAACUCAACCAAAACAUGAUAUUUUACAAAACAAACUCAAUGAAAUCUUCAAAUCGUUGAGCACAAAUGAAAAUACCAGUCCAACGGAAGAACCAAAGAAACAAGAAGUUCCAACGUACGAACAAAACUUCCCAGAGUUAUUUUAUUAUUAACUGGUUAAGGUUUAAGGUCUUACAGCUUUAACAAACUUGAAUUUUCAGCCAUUGCUUCACUAACACUUUUAAUGAAAUUUAAUCUUGGCAAGACAAAAAUGCAAAUUAAAUUAUCAAGUUAAAGGUCACUAUUCAACUUAAAAUUUAUCUUUAUAUAUUAUGGGACGACAUUAAAUUAUUGCCAUGCAUUUAACGAUUGAAUUGUAAUUUAAAAAAUUCAUUUUUCUUCCCUCGAAAUUAAGCCAUACAAAAUCUAGGUUCCUAGCAAUAACUAAUGUCGUCUAUAAAACUGCAUGCAUUUCCUGAAUUAGUAUUAUUUUAGUCUUGUUCAAUCAUGUUUUUAUGUCGAAGCAAUUCCUAUUGUGAUAUUUUAAAGCUUAGGUUUCUUGUAUUAUUUUUUUAACAUAAGUUGUGGUGUUUUUUAUUGUUACUAAUAGGUUAUAGUAGUUUAAAGAAAUUUAGAUCUAACAGUGGUUACAGAAUAUUAUAAAAGUUUCAAAGUUUAUUCCAUUUGACAACAAUAAAAUUGUUGGAAAGUA